CUCCCGCCCGCCAACGUACCCGCCUCUCGCGGCUCGUCGGACGUACGCGCGACCCCGCCGCCCUCACGUGUCUAUCGCGCCGGCCCCGCCCCGCGCGGCCGGAAGUUCCGGUGGCGGAUUGCUGGACCGGGCCCGAGCGGAUCGCGGGCUUGGGCUGCGGGGCUCGGGCUCGGGCUGCGGGCGCAGGGCGAGCCGGGCGCGGAGCCCGGGAGCGGAGCCCAGGCCGUGCCGCGCGGCGCCAUGAAGGGCAAGGAGGAGAAGGAGGGCGGCGCGCGCAUGGGCGCCGGCGGCGGCGGCAGCCCCGAGAAGAGCCCGAGCGCGCAGGAGCUCAAGGAGCAGGGCAACCGGCUCUUCGUGGGCCGCAAGUACCCGGAGGCGGCGGCCUGCUAUGGCCGCGCCAUCACCCGGAAUCCCCUGGUGGCGGUGUAUUACACCAACCGGGCCCUGUGCUACCUGAAGAUGCAGCAGCACGAGCAAGCGCUGGCCGACUGCCGCCGCGCCCUGGAGCUGGACGGGCAGUCUGUGAAGGCGCACUUCUUCCUGGGGCAGUGCCAGCUGGAGAUGGAGAGCUAUGACGAGGCUAUCGCCAAUCUGCAGCGAGCCUACAGCCUGGCCAAGGAGCAGCGGCUCAACUUUGGGGAUGACAUCCCCAGUGCACUGCGGAUUGCUAAGAAGAAGCGCUGGAACAGCAUCGAGGAGCGGCGCAUCCACCAGGAGAGUGAGCUGCACUCCUACCUCACGCGGCUCAUCGCAGCGGAGCGUGAGAGGGAGCUGGAGGAGUGUCAGCGGAACCACGAGGGUGACGAGGAUGAAGGCCAUGUCCGGGCUCAGCAGGCCUGCAUCGAGGCCAAGCAUGACAAAUACAUGGCGGACAUGGAUGAGCUCUUCUCGCAGGUGGACGAGAAGAGAAAGAAACGAGACAUCCCUGAUUACCUGUGUGGUAAGAUCAGCUUCGAGCUGAUGCGGGAGCCAUGCAUCACACCCAGUGGCAUCACCUACGACCGCAAGGACAUUGAGGAGCACCUGCAGCGUGUGGGCCACUUUGACCCUGUGACCCGGAGCCCCCUGACCCAGGAACAGCUCAUCCCCAACCUGGCCAUGAAGGAGGUCAUUGACGCAUUCAUCUCUGAGAACGGCUGGGUGGAGGACUACUGAACCCCCCACAGCCCCCCACUGCACCUUGCCUGGGGUCCUGGCCCGGGAGGGCCCUGGGGCAGAAGCCCCCAGCCCCUGUACAUAGUUUGUGUCCCUGGGCCUGCACCCCCAUCAGUUCUGCUGUUGGGCUCUGGACUGCUCCCCUCUCAGCAUAGCUCUUGCUGGGCCACAAGCCUCCCCUGUCCCCCGUCUGGGCUGGAAAACAGGUGAGGGUGGCUUGGGCUCAGGCCACUGCUGCUACCACCGUCUCUGUAAUAAAAUCUGUGAGCACUAGGUGGGCAUGUGCUGGCGUGUGA